AUGUCUCCUCAUCUCGACACGCCCAUGAGCACCACAGAGGCCUCUGAAGCCAUCCAGAGCUUCUCGGCUUUCAGCAAUGGCGGGGCCGUCCAGAACAGCACCGCUGUGAACGGUUUCAACGGCACCAGCAACGGCAACGGCCACGCUGCUCCCACACAAUCCUCUCGCGCCCUCAAGUCAAACCUUCAGCCCACCGACCCCAGUGAGCUUCAUGACCUGGUCUGCGUUGGCUUCGGCCCCGCCAGUCUGGCAGUCGCUGUCGCCAUGCACGACAACCUGGCCGCCGGCAACCCACUCGUCCCCAACGCCACUGAGAAGCCCAAGGUCCUCUUCCUCGAGAAGCAGCCUCGUUUCGCGUGGCAUGCCGGCAUGCUGCUUCCCGGAGCCAAGAUGCAGAUCUCGUUCAUCAAGGACAUGGCUACGCUGCGCGACCCCCGCUCACACUUUACCUUCUUGAACUACCUCCAUCACGCUGGCCGUCUUGUUGAGUUCACCAACCUGGGAACCUUCCUCCCCUCGCGAGUCGAGUAUGAAGACUAUCUCCGCUGGUGCGCCUCUCACUUUGACGACGUUGUGCAAUACCAGCGUGAGGUCGUCUCGGUGUCGCCCAACCCCCAGUCUGAGGGCGCUGUCAAGACUUUCACCGUCAAGUCACGCAAUGCCAAAACAGGCCAGGUCACCACUGUCCAAGCGAGGAACGUUCUCAUCGCCGCCGGUGGACGGCCUCUGAUUCCGAAGAGCCUUCCCGCUGCCAGCCCCAAGGUCAUUCACUCCUCACAGUACGCUCACCAGGUGCCCAAGAUUCUCAAGAACACUCAGGCGCCCUACCGCGUCGCCGUCGUCGGUGCUGGCCAGAGCGCUGCCGAGAUCUUCAACAAUGUUCAGAAGCUCGUCAACUCGAUCUUCAACCCCUCCUACACAGACUCCCUGUACCCCCGCUCCCAACAAUACCGCCGUGCUCUCAUCAAGGAUGCCAAGGCGACUAACUAUGGCGUCGUUCGCCUCGAACUCAUUGAGCAUCUCUACGAAGUCAUGUACGACCAGAAGCGCGAGUACGGCGAUGAUGAGCGCCAGUGGCCUCACCGCAUCCUCAACGGAAGGAGCAUCGUCAGCGUCAACGAGGGCAACCACGAGUCCGACAGGCUUCAGCUGCACGUGCGACGUGUCGAGGACAGCUUCAACCAGAGCGGCAUCACUGAUGAGUUCCUUGAGCAGGGGCCUAGCAGCGAGGAAAUUCUCGACGUCGACCUCAUCAUUGCUGCUACUGGCUACCAGCGCAAUGCUCACGUUGACAUGCUGCGCGACAGCUGGAACCUUCUUCCCGAGACUCAGCCCGUGAGCUCCGGCCCGCGUGAGCAGGUCGACGGAUGGGAGAUCUCCGAGGGUAACGUCGACUCUGGUUCGAGGAAGCUCGAGGUUGGACGCGACUACAAGGUCCGCUAUGCGCCUGGCGCCAUCGCCCCUGAUGCUGGUGUUUGGCUGCAGGGUUGCUGCGAGGCCACCCACGGCCUGAGCGACAGUUUGCUUUCCGUGCUUGCCGUGAGGUCCGGCGAGAUUGUUGAUUCCAUCUUCCCUUCGCCGUCCAAGUCCGAGACAAGCUCGGUCUAA